AUGUCGCUCGCCACCACCGAAUCGACGUUAAUGCACUCGGCACUUGCUGUCAGCUCUCCCGCCCUCCGCCAAUUCGAUAUCAUUGCAUUCAACCAGUCGACCAACUCUCUUUCAUCUCUCCCGCACGAAAUACUUCUCCACAUCCGCCUAUUCCUUGUCUCCGCUCUCAUUGACUACUCCAUUUCCAUUUCUGCAACCUCACUCGAAGAAUACGAAACCUUGACGCGCGAAUUCAUGUGCUCCCACUGCGCCUUCUACAACGAAUACAUAUACGGGCCGGACAUCUUCCUGUGGCAUCCAUGUGGUUGCCUUUCUCGUUGGCCCGAGAACACCUACCAGUCGUUCCGCAACCGACACGAAUGGCUGGAGUCUCAUCUCUCGCACAAAUCGUCGCAAAACAUUUGGGAGGUCGUGAGGGAGGUAGUUGGCGAGUUUGGCUGCGAAGUUCCGCCCAGACUAGGCCUUUAUCCGCCACGCAGUACCCGAAAGGUCAUUUUGGUCCCAAAGCACAACCAAUCAUUCACGUCGCUGAAUCGCCUGAAACGCGAUAUGGGACUCUCUUGGGAAUACGAUGAGCCAUGUCAACCCCCCCGAACGGCUCCCCAUAGGUUCAAGUUCGAGACCCAACAGGCCACAGUUGUUUAUUCCGAACCUCAGGUUGAAUGGGUUGUCAUAACCGCCUUCGAUACUCUUGUUGCACCUGUUACUGCAACCAUCUCAUUCAUAACUUCUUCUCUCACCCUACUCUUGACUGUUAUAUGUUACUAUUCGCGUCCCGCGGCCCUUCGUCUGUUUUAG